GCGUUCCCUUGGCCAUCUCUUGCCGGCACUGUCACUGGACUCGCUCUCUACGAGAUUGACGUUGUUGUUGCGCAACCGAUAGUGGAAGUAGAAACUGUGUUUUUGAAGCCACUGCUAUUGGUAGGUUCGACCUUUGCCUGCUCCAAUGGCGGCCGUCGAUCAAUUCGGCAACAUGCAUGACGUUGCACUUAAACCCAGUUUGCUUCGCACCCUUCUCCAAGAUCACGUUCCUGAUGAGCAUCGCCCAUUUUCGAACUCCUCCGAGCUUUCGAAGAUUGAGUAUAUGAUCAAAACUCACAGCCUUCUGUCCGAGUCCUUCACCGAAUUCAUGGCCCCAAAACAAGUUGAAAGCUGGAAAUCUGCUGUUGAUUCCUGGGUCGACCGCAUUUUGACCCUCGUUGCGAACAAUAUGCCAGAUAAAUGUUGGGCAGGAAUCUCAUUGCUGGGAAUUACUUGUCAAGAGUGCAGCUCUAGCCGUUUCCUGACAUCCUACUCUGUGUGGUUCCAGAAAUUGCUUCCGUUUUUACUGUCACAAGAAAAAUCUCAUUUUGUGAGGGUGGCUUCUUGUGCUUCAAUAUCUGAUAUUUUUGCAAGGCUGAGUGCAUUUCCUGAUAUUAAGAGAGAUUGGUCUUCCUGUGCGGGGAAAGUCAUUCAGCCAGUCUUGGACCUGUUGAAUGAUGACAACUCAGAGGCUAUCUGGGAGGGUGCGCUUCAUUUGUUAUGUACCAUAUUAACUUCUUUCCCAUUUUCUAUUCAACGUCACUAUGACAGUGUUGAAUCUGCCAUUGCUUCAAAACUUUUCUCAGGAGGAUGUAGUCAUAAUAUGUUGAAGAAACUUGCUUAUUGCCUAGCAUUACUUCCCAAAGUGAGAGGAGACGCAGAAAGCUGGUCUGUUUUGAUGCAGAAAAUUGUGGUGGUAAUAAAUGGUCAAAUAAACAAUGCCUUUCAAGGUCUAGAAGAAGAAACCAAGCAGAAUGAGAUUAUUAGGUUGUUAAGUCUGUCAGGAAAAAAUUCUCCACCACGUUUAGGAUGCUGUGCAUUCGAUGGAGAAGCUACUAACAAGGCAACAAAGAGGUCUGAACAAUCACUGCUGCCUAUUGUCUCUCCUCUUAUGCUUUGCUGUUGCAAUAUGCUUACAGAUUCAUAUUCUUCUAAGGUUAAUGUACCUGUUCGCCUGUUAUUGGCUCUUGUUGAAAGAGUACUGAUGGUGAAUGGCUCCUUGCUACAAACGUCAUUGCCAUUAAUGACUGCUAGGCAACAAGAGAAUGUUUGUUCAGAACUUCCAGUUUUGCAUUUACAUUGCUUGGAAUUGCUCAUUUCUAUUGCAAAGGGCAUGGGCAGGUAUGGCUGCUUUAUAUCCUCUGCCUCCAAAGGGAAAAAAAAUAGGCAGUGCUAG